AACUGCUUGUGGUAACACUAGAGAAGCUGUCUCGUCAGAUAUUGCAUUACCGAUUUUUUUAUGUAUCGCUAGUUACUUCUAGGAAUUAGUGAGUGACGCUGAACUUGGUCGCUAGCGUUCGUUUUCAUGUCAUUAUAAGUGGCUUUUGCUUAAAUUUGACAAUGAAGUCAAUCGCAUUAAUGCUGAUUUUAUUGUUGCUUCGGUUUAGAAAUGGACAAGGGAUUUACUUGGAGUCACCAGUCAGUGGCGAUAAAGUCUGUGUUGGGACAGAAACGGGGCUGGCCAAGCUAGGCUCCUCUUCCUAUCACUACAAGAAAAUGUAUCGCCAGUUCGAAGACUGCACCUACGUGUUCGGCAAUUUGGAAAUAACGCAUCUUAAGGCGGGUCAAGACGCAAGUUUUUUGUCGAAUAUACGGGUAGUCACCGGGUACGUUCUGCUGUUCGGAAACGAGAUGGAUAUUCCUCUCACCAGCCUCGUUUUCGUGCGAGGAGAUAUGACCUACGAAGGCUACACAAUAGUGAUUGCGAUGUCACCCAACGUGUAUUUACCUGCACUUACUGAGAUUGGCGGUUCAGUGAAGCUCUUCAUGCCGAAUUGUUUCCUCGAUUCCAUCCACUGGCAGUACAUCAGUCGAGGGAAAGUCGUCAGGGCCCUAGGUCUUGAGAAACCCGCAGACAAAUGUGACCAGUGCUCUGAUGCAUGCGCAGCCCAAGGCCACUGCUGGGGCCCGGAACAGGACAUGUGCCAGUCAGGUGAUGUAAUGUUCGAUAUUGUCGCGUGA